AAUCAAAUGGCAUCAAAACCCCAAAUCUUUCGGGUUUACGCAUCUCAUCUUCCAUUUUCUCCCUAAAUAUUUUAAUCACUAAGAUAAUGCACACACGAUUCUGUCUGACACAAAUUUACCCAAUUCCUUUCCUUUUUCUUUGCAGAUCGAUAACUCAACCAAACUUCCAAUUAAAUACUCUCAAACCCUCUCUCAUUUACUCCAGAAUUUUAAUUCUUUACAAGAACCCAUUGAUCUUGCUCAGAGCUUAUCGUAAUGGGUCUUUUAAGGUUUAUUUAAGUCGUGGGGUUAGUUUCUUGUCUUAAUGAACAUGGGGGGUUUUAUGCUUUGUCUCCCAAACAAAGGCAAUCCGAUUUCAUAUUUUUAAUUCUGUAUGUGUGUCUGUGUGUGUCUGAUCUCACAGUAUGGGUCACUGCCAUUAAAGCUGAAGUGAACCUUUUAAGUCUGCUAGUUGAUCUUGUUUGUGGGUUUGUUUAUUUAUGCUGUGGGUCUAGCCUAGGUUUUAAAAAAAUGUGUUCUUGAACAUUUUGCCUGUAAGGUGUUCGAUAAAAAUCCUCAAAGAAUAUGGGAUCUGAAAAUGCAUUUUUCUCCGCAAGCGAGUUUAGUUUGGAAGCGAAGUGGGUAAUCGAUCCGAAGCUUCUUUUCGUUGGUCCGAAGAUCGGCGAGGGUGCUCAUGGCAAAGUAUACGAGGGCAAAUACAAAAACAAAAUCGUCGCCAUUAAAAUUGUGAAUAAAGGCGAUACGCCAGAGGAGAUAGCGAAGAUAGAAGGUCGUUUUGUGAGAGAAGUCGCAAUGUUAUCAAAAGUGCAACACAAGAAUUUAGUAAAGUUCAUAGGAGCUUGCAAGGAACCAGUCAUGGUGGUAGUCACCGAGCUUCUUACCGGUGGAACUUUGAGAAAAUACUUAGUGAAUAUGCGACCCAAUGGGUUGGAGACACGUGUCGCUAUUGGAUUUGCUCUUGAUAUUGCUCGUGCAAUGGAAUGUUUACACUCUCAUGGGAUCAUUCAUCGCGACUUAAAACCUGAAAAUUUGCUGCUUACGUCAGACCACAAAUCUGUAAAACUUGCUGAUUUUGGUUUAGCAAGAGAAGAAUCAUUAACAGAGAUGAUGACAGCAGAAACUGGAACAUAUAGAUGGAUGGCUCCAGAGCUUUAUAGCACUGUGACAUUAAGGCAUGGAGAAAAGAAGCAUUAUAACCAUAAAGUAGAUGCAUACAGUUUUGCCAUUGUUUUAUGGGAGCUUAUACACAACAAAUUACCAUUUGAAGGAAUGUCAAAUCUACAAGCUGCAUAUGCAGCUGCUUUCAAGAAUGUAAGACCAAGUGCGGAUGACCUCCCAGAGGAUUUGGCUAUAAUUGUGACAUCUUGUUGGAAAGAAGAUCCAAAUGCUCGACCAAAUUUCACUCAAAUAAUACAAAUGCUUCUUCAUUACUUAUCAAACAAUACACAAAUGGGACCCACAUCCAUCCCACCUCGAAUUUUCACCUCCCAAAAUACCAUCUUUUCACCCGAAUCACCUGGCACAAGCACAUUAAUGGGGGCAAAGGAUGAAUCGGUUGAAACACCAAAAACUCCAGUUGGAAAUAGCCCUCGAGGUCUAUUUUCGUGUUUUUAUCAAUGUUGUUGAUGAUAAAGAUGAGAGGUUGGAAAUAUAUAUAAGAUCAUGUAUAGAAUGAAAGUAGUAAGAAAAGAAGAUUAGUUGGAGAUUUAGGAGGUGUUUUGUGUUAGUUUUUAAUGGAGAAAUAUGGACUUGAAGUUGUUUAAAAGAGAUUUCUUAGAUGCCGUGUUAGCAUACCAACGGUGAAAAGCCAUUUGAAAUGGAGUUUGAGAGUCAAGAGACAGUCAAAGUUUUGAGUGUCAGCAGUUGCAGUGUCAAAGAUUUUGUUUUGCUAUGUACCGGAUUGGUUAUCUAGUAGACUGUUGUGUAUCUGUUGUGUAAGUGAAAUAGACUACGUCUUAAGAUGGGAUGGUGUGGGCCAGCUUAAAGUUUCUAGAUGCUAAAAUUGUGUGAAAAGGGGUAGGGUUGAUGUGAUGUUGUAGGUGUAAGAAAUAAAGUCCAUCCAAAGGGCCCUUUUUAUACCCCUUAAGUUAUAAAUGUGUCCAACUUUUUGCUUUUAAGUUGUACUUUUUUGCAUAUCAAAUUGCCAUAGAUUUGUUUGUAUUCUUCACUACUUCAAUGAUCAAUGCAUUGGACCAAAUUGUGUACUCUUCA